AUGCUACCUCAGUCUGGCGAGUUAAAAGUGAACGGUGCAACACUCUAUUACGAGACCCGCGGCAAGCCCGAGUAUCCUGCUCUGUUGCUUAUCAGUACGGGCAAUGGAACGGCGGUCUUCUUCGAACCGCUUGCACUUAUUCUGUCAAGCAACUUCUAUGUGAUUACUUUCGAUCGACGUGGAUUUUAUCGCAGCACGGUUAUGUCGCACGAAUCGUUCUCUGGUGAUAUUCUUGCAAAAAAUGCCGAAGACUGUGCUUGCAUCAUCGAGACGCUCGUGCCAGAUCGGUCUGCUUUUGUCUUUUCGUCGUCUGGAAGCACCACAAUCGCAUUGGACUUGCUUUGGAUCAAACCACACCUGGUAGCCAAAGUUGUUCUACAUGAGCCUAUUUUGACUGCCAUGCUUUCUUCCUCUGAUCGUAUCGGCCUCGAUGAUUUGCUGACUAAGACGACUCGGACUUAUCAAAAAUCAGGGUCUGCCGCUGCCAAUCGUCUUUUGAUGCCUGCUCUAAGCAGUAUAGCGGACAUUGCCCUGUUGAAAACAGCUCCCAUCCUGAAAAAACUCGUGUCACUACCCCACAGCCCAACAAAUGUAUAUUUUGAGCAUGAGAUAGAAGCCAUUUCCCAGUACCAUUUGGAUCUGGAAAGUCUUCAAGCACGGAAAGAUCAGAUUUGUCUAGGGAGGGGUGACAUGUCGUCUUCUCCAUUGGCCAUAUCACCCGUCACCAGACUCUCUUCUUUGUUGAACUCCAAUUUGAACACUUUUCCCGGUGGACAUCAUGGAUAUAUAACCCACGAAAGAUCAUUUUGCGAGAAGUUGGCUCAUGUAUUGAAGGACAGGAAGGAGGGUUUGUAG